GAGCAGCUAGGCCUUGUGGGUAAAGUGCGCGCUGGUAUCCGCCCAUAUUCUGGAUCACCACACGGAGGAGCGGCGGCAGCGACAAGGCCGGGGGGGACGCUGGAUCAGAUGGAAAGUUCAAUCGAUUAAUUUCUCCACUUUGUUUUCCUCCCUUCCUCCCCCCCUCCCCCCCUUCCAAUCCCCUCCACGUUUCUCGCAUGUUCCCGUUUGGCUUCCGAGACGGCGUUAGACCGAUUUGAACGCGGGCAUUUUUCGACGAGAAGUAGGAAAUGCAGAGAUCGCGUGAAGCCAGAGGAUCUGUCUGACUCUUCCGACGCGGAACUCCACUCGCUGAAAACAAGGUAAAUCAUGACAGAAUAUAAGCUGGUUGUGGUGGGAGCUGGUGGCGUAGGCAAGAGCGCACUAACUAUUCAACUCAUCCAGAAUCACUUUGUGGAUGAAUACGACCCGACGAUCGAGGACUCCUACAGAAAGCAGGUAGUUAUUGACGGGGAGACAUGUCUGCUGGACAUCCUCGACACAGCAGGUCAGGAGGAGUACAGCGCCAUGAGGGAUCAGUACAUGAGGACAGGGGAGGGUUUCCUCUGUGUCUUUGCCAUCAACAACACCAAGUCCUUCGAGGACAUUCACCACUAUAGAGAACAAAUUAAACGGGUGAAGGACUCUGAGGAUGUCCCCAUGGUGUUGGUAGGGAAUAAGUGUGACCUGCCGACCCGGACGGUGGAUACAAAGCAGGCUCAUGACUUAGCACGCAGCUACAACAUUCCCUUUAUCGAGACCUCAGCCAAAACAAGACAGGGUGUUGAUGAUGCCUUUUACACAUUAGUCCGAGAAAUCCGGAAGCACAAGGAGAAGAUGAGCAAGGAGGGCAAAAAGAAGAAAAAGAAGUCCAAGACAAAGUGUAUACUCAUGUGAAUAACCUUCCUUUUGAAGACGGAGUAAACAAAACAACAAGUUGAACAGUUCAAGUAAUACGUUUUGUACAUCACACUAAAUUAUUAGCUUUUUCCCCCCAUUACCGUACUUGAUGAAUAUUAAAACUGACCUGAGUUUUCUGCCCUUUUUUUUAUUUGGACUCCAAUAAGCUUAAUUUUUUUUAGUGUAGUGCCAGAUGCUGACGUGUUGGUCUUAGAGCCGGAUGAGCCAGACUUAAAAAAAUGAAUAAAUAAAAUGGUGAUAAUUUGGCGUUAAUGGCAUCAGUAAUAACUUUUGACAAAUUAAUAAUUAUUAUUCAUGCCUCUUUGCUUGAAAUGCCACAACCUGCAAAUGUUCUGUAAUGCCCUUUUUAAAGAUGGGAUGCCAAAGAAUGAAUAUUCAUCCCGCUCGCGUCGACAAAAGCGAUCUGAGGACCAACGUUGAGCCAGAUGAGCUCCAAAUGUCCCAGCCACUGUGUAAUUUCCCCGUUCCUGACCUUUAGGCGUGACUUUGUUUUGUCACUGAUAAGUAUGCAUGCAAACUCUUUUCAGAACGUUUUAUUACCCUAGUUAGCCAUUGAUUAAUUGCUUUGUAUUGUGUGGGGACUGAUUUGUCAUUACUAAAUGAAAAGAUGUUUUUUUUCUUCUUUUUGCAUGAUUUGUGUCCUUAAUGACAUGGAGAUUGCAAAUUGCCUCCAGUUGAUGCAUUUAACAGAGCCAGCAAGGAGGAAGUCAGACUUGAGUCUGAUUUUCAGGUUUAUAUAAAGCAGUCAAUAUUUGCUUUUGUGAAAAUAUUUUUUGAUAAAUAACAAACUCAAAGAUCCAUAAUCAUUUUUAAUAAUUUUUGUCUUAUUUGUUGCAGAGAUUUGUUUGACUCUUGUAGAAUUGUUCUGAAUGAUUCUGACAAAAAUAACUUCCUUCGUGUUACUAAAACCUUAAAUGUGCUCCACGGGAGGGGCUUCACGUUCGAUCCAGAUGUUUAGUUCAAUGUAAAGAGGGUUUGUGUGCGAGUUGGCAUUUCUUUUUAAUUGCUUCUGAAAGCAGAAUGCAAUGUUUGGUUGCAGGUUAUAAAGAAUUAUUGGUGUGAAGGCUCCGAGGUUGUUCAAAAAUAUAGUCCAAAUACAGUUGUAGAUGAUUUGCCAUGCAGAUGUUUUCAAACACUUUAGGACUAGUGUGCAGAAAUGUUGGAAGUAGCUUGCUGGCCCCGCCUUGCAACAGAAAUGAUUGUGUAAUGUGCAAUUGGAAAUGAUGUUUGUAUUUGUUUUUAGAGGAGGCAUAAAUUGCCUUAAAUGUUUUUUUUAAAGUCAAAUAUCUGAAUAGUUAUAAAAAUGACACCUAGUUUCUCUCAUGGGUCAGCCCAUAUAUCACCCUGUUAACUGUAUUUACAGACUGGUUGCCUGGAGGGUUUUUAUUUGCCUUUUAUCUUUAUGCUGAGUGCUGCAUUUAGACAUUAAAAAGAGGCUAAACCACAAUUAAUUAGCCUCAAGUGCACACGGUGCUGUUUUGUGGGAGAAAGGAAUGGGGGGUGAGAAGCUAUUGUCACAAAUAAUUAAGAUUUGAAACAUUUUGCUUUCAGGAGUAAUGAGUUUUGACCUGGUUUGUUAUUACCUCUUCGUUUUCAUGAAGUAGAUAAUUAGCUGUUGCUGCAAUUUUAAUUUUGGAACCCUCUUGUUAACGAAACUGUUAAAAACAAACAAAAAAAACCCCUAGUUUUACUGUAAUAUUUGAAAUGUUUCUCUUCCUUUUAUUGCGUGCCAACAGCUGAUUUCUUAAAUGUAUCGUUUGUACCUGGAUCAUAUUUUAACAACCUUUGUAUAGUUGUGAUACUGAAAGGUGCAUAUUUUGUAAAUUGUGCUUCGUUGCGUCGGUGUGUCUAAAUGAAUGUUGCUUUCAUGGAGUUUCACUCAGCUCCGUGUACGUGAUUAGAGUGUGUGACUGGGUCCAGGUCUGUGGGGGGGUGUGAAUGAACGACCGCUUUACAACACGCCUGUUGUAGAGCGAUGAUCUGAUCUCAGAUGAGUCUAUUUUUUUUGCCAUAAGUCUCACCACUCCUAUUUAAUGUGUAAUAAAGAACAAAGUAAAGAGGAUCCAGACUUCGUCUAAUGACUUAAUUUUUACCUCCAGAUUAGUUUCUAAAAUCAUGUUUGCUGCAUCUCUGAACUCCUGGGGAUUUGUUGUUUGCGUCAGAGCGCAGCAUGUUUGUUUCCCAGCAGGUGGCACUGUUGACUUACGUCUGUCCGCAUCACUGUGGGAGGCAAACUUUUUGUUUGGGAUCAAAAUGUU